UGGAUGAGCCUCAUUUGUUUGUAGCUCCAGUUUCAGGACCAUGUAUCUCCCAGAGGAAAGGCCUGUACUAGACUUGUCUUAUCAAAUGAAUGCUUUGGCUACUAACUAUGGAUAUUACCCACAAGAUUGUAAGGAACCCAUUUACCGGACUGAGACUGGGACAGCAGCCAGGUUGAACAAUGCUGAAGCAGAAUUGACCUCACUGCCAGUCCAUGUAUCGCUCCAAGGGCGUGAGCUUUGGGACAAAUUCAACAAUAUUGGCACAGAGAUGCUGAUUACUAAAACUGGCAGGCGGAUGUUUCCCAGCUGCAAAGUAACAGUGACUGGACUGAAUCCGAAAGUCAAGUAUGUGGUGAUAAUGGACAUGGUGCCGUUUGAUAACCACAAGUACAAGUGGAAUAAGGACUGUUGGGAAGUGAAUGGUUCACCUGAUCCACACCUGCCCAACCGGUUCUUCAUCCACCCAGACUCUCCUGCAUCUGGAGAGAAGUGGAUGCAGUAUCCAAUCUCCUUCCACAAGCUCAAACUGACCAACAACACCCUCAGCAACAAUGGCCUGGUGGUUCUACACUCCAUGCACAAAUAUCAGCCUCGUCUACACAUAGUCCAGUCUCCAAACCCAUGUAACCCUCGCACAUCUGGUGGUUACCUGCGUUUCACGUUCCCUGAGGCUGCUUUUAUUGCCGUCACAGCCUACCAGAACCAGGAGAUCACAAAACUCAAGAUUGACAACAAUCCCUUUGCCAAAGGCUUUCGUGACAAUGGGCUGAACAGGAAAAGGUUUAGAGACAAAGAGACCCCAGAUUCAGGCGGAAAGGUCAAACAGGAUUUGAGCGUGGCACAGAACGAGCGAGCAGAAGGACGGUCACAGGAAGACGAGGAUGUGGAUGUGACAGUGUCCAGUUCUGUUGACUGCAGCAGUGCAUUGAAAUCAUCAGACAGCACAGCCUCCUCAGUCAAUCCUUUUAUAUCAGCAUUUAUAAACCUGAGCACUGCUGAAGUAUCUUCACCACACCAAACACACAACAUUUUCAGCCUCAAUAACAGAAUACUGAACAGUCCCAAUGAGGCCAGACCUUCCAGUCUCCUUAGUUUCUGUGCAGCGCUGCCCACGCCUCAGAGCUACUGUGCCCAGUCCUCCUCAGUAGAUACCAACCUCAGCAGACUGCAAUCUCAAAUCAGUGGCCCUCUGACCCCUCAGCAGCAGCACCCCCACAGCCCAGCUUCUCAAACCCCGAGCAGAUCCAUAAUCCAUCCCAUCCAGGCCAUGAAUCCUCAGCUUCAGCCUUAUUUCCGGACCCCUCCCCAUCCAUCCCACCAAUGUCCUGAUAUGGAGCUGCUCUCUCUGCCACCCAAACUGAGCCGCACACAAAUACCUGAAAGUGCUCUCAGGAACCUAGAGAUGAACCCAACCUUCGACUAUAUUAAUCCAAGACCCCUCAACAACAUCCUCAAUAGGAUCCAAGUCUUAGCCUCAGGAACAUCGGGGAAGGUUUCUCAACACGAGCAGUACCUCCAGGAGUCAGAAAGAGAGCAUCGCCCCCAUAUUUAUCCAGCAGUUCAGGAAUACAUUGGUCAACAGUUUGUGUUAAACAACAUGCUGACUCAACAAGCAAGAGACAGUCAAUCUGAGCACAGAUCACAAAUGGACUACCCCACUGCAAGGCCACAAACUGAAUACUAUUGUAAACAAUAUAAUGGUAUAUGAAUCUUGUUUGUUCUUAAAGGAAUAUUGCAGGUUCAAUACAAGUUAAGCUCAAUUGACAGCAUUUGUGGCAUUAUGUUGAUUAUCAGAAGGAAAAAAAUUUCACUCGUCCAUUCCUUUUAUUUAAAAAAAAAAGAAGCAAAAAACAAGGUUACAGUGAGGCACUUAGAAUGGAAGUGAAUGGGGCCAAUUUUUUGAGGGUUUAAAGGCAGAAAUGUGAAGCUUAUAAUUUUAUAAAAGUUACAUUAAUUCUGUUAAAACUUGUAUCAUUUGAGUUGUAAAGUUUAAAUCGUCAUUUUUAAGGACAUUUUAGGGUUUACAGUGUUAAGUUGUCGUAAUGAAUUUGUAAAAUUGGAUAUAACUUUACACAGAAAAGGUUAGUCAGCAAUUUGAUAAAACUAAAAUCUUAUGAACAUAUAUCAUUUACGUCUUGUGGAGUUUUUUCGGUUCCAACGUUUACAGAUUGGCCCCAUUCACUUCCGCUGGAAGUGCCUCAAUGUCACCUAAAUUUAUUUUAUUUUUAUUAAAACAUUAUGCCACAAAUGCUGUCGAUUGAGGCUUAUCUUUUAUUGAACCUGGAAUAUUCCUUUUAACAGUCAGUAAUUGAUCAUAAAAUGCUAAAUCUCAUUUUGUUGCUCAUAACCAAUGUAUGCUGCUCUUUUCCAAAUGAUUGCCUUCUGCGUCACUUCCAACAGAGUGCAUCUCAGGCCAAGAAUGUAAAUAUUUUAAUGGAAUAUGGGGUUGUUGAAUGCUUUAAAGUCAGUAUUUAUGUUUAGGCUUAAUUGUGUGUUUAUGAUCUGAGCCGCCUUCAAGCUAUACUGCUCAAAUACUUUCAUCAUAUAAAAAUCUUGAUCCAUAUCACAAUGUUGGUGUCUCCAUCAUAAUUUCUGUUGUUUCCGUGUACACUAAAUAUGGAGAUAACUACCAAAAAGAAGCAUAUUUUAAAAAUCCGACAACAAAAGAAAACUGUAUUUACAUGUGAUUUGAAUUUAUUGUAUUUUUCUAUGCUUUUGACAAUACGUAAACAGGCAAAAUUGGUUUAAGCAAAAACCAAACAGCACACAGAUUUUUGCCCAUUACCCCAAUUUUGCAUUGCAUGUAAACAUCUUUACCUGUGUUUUUACCAGCUUAUCCAAUGUGCACUGGUAUUGUGUGCAUGCCUGGUUGCAUUUUGGCAUCAAAAAAAGAGAAUAAUCCAAUGAUUUCAUAUCUUAUGUAAAU